AUGGAGCAAGUCCAGUCUCCCAUGAAGCGCCUUCGGACAUUGACUCAGGCAGCCAAGCUGCGUUUGAAGACGUCUCUCAGGUCAAAGCUGCGCCAGGAGACGAGGUGGGGAUCGACCUACGCUCUGCUUGCACGCUACUUCGAUCUGCGCGAGUUUAUCAGCGCUGAUGACGAAGACCUCGCCGAGUUGAUGCCAUCUCCUGCCGCGAACCGGCGAUUGAAAGCGCUAUUGCUCGAGUUGGCAGAUGUCGAGUCGGUUUCGAUGAAAUUUCAAUCCGUGGAGCUUAACCUGUUGGAUGUGCGCGACCUACUUGACGGGCUGCUAGAGCGCCGUGAUCAAGAUCCUAUGGGACAAACGAAGCAGCUUUCGCUAGGUGAAAAGGCUGCGCUAAGACCGUUUGAACGACAGACCACCAUAGCUGCGACCGCGGAGACAACCAAAAUGGGGUUUGCGGACAGGAUUUUGAAGCGCAGGAAGGUUCAAGAUGACACGAGCGCGUACGUCCAGCUGGAUGCCAUCCCGUCGACGUCCAAUGCAGCUGAACGGCUGUUCAGCAUGGCGCGAAUGGUGCUCCGGUACGAGAGGAACCGUUUGUCACCGCAGAUGCUGGAGAUGCUGUUGUUUUUGAAGGUGAACAGCAAGUACUGGGACGUCCCGACGGUUGAUGAAGUGAUCUAG